AUGCUGUCCUCGGUUAUUACGAAAAAACUGGUGGCUGGCUUGUGCCAGACAGGAUGGAGACCUGCGGUCACUGGACUGGUACCAACCCGUUGUUACCGUGGCGAUGCACCGGAUGAUGCCAAAACUGAUCUAAUUGAGAUCCCCUUGCCUCCUUGGGAAGAAAAAUCCGGAGAGCCCAUUGACAUCAAAAGACGGCGCUUGCUCUAUGAGAGUCGUAAAAGGGGCAUGUUGGAAAACUGCAUAUUGCUCAGCCUUUUUGCCAAACGAUACCUGAAUACGAUGAGUGAGAGCCAGCUGCAGCAGUAUGACAGACUGAUUAACGAACCAAGUAAUGACUGGGACAUAUACUACUGGGCAACAGAGGCACAACCCACGCCAGACGUUUACCAAGGAGAGAUCAUGGAUAUGCUGAAAGAGUUCACAAAGAAUCGUAAUCAGGAACAGAGGUUGGAUGCACCGAGCUUGGAAUACCUGGAAAAGGAAGCCUAA